CAAGUGGAGACAAUUCAGUUUUAUCUUCUCUGCUAGGGAGAAUAAAGAUAUGAGGCUUAAACACCAUAGUUUUCUUAUUUGUAUUCUAUAUGCUGUUGUUAACUACGCAUCUGCGGUAGAAGACUGUCCUAAUCUUUUCAUAGGUUCAGAGUGGGGAGAAGGUUUUGAUGGCUUCCUAAGGUUUGAGAUUGAUCACUCUGCCCAUGGCUGGGUAAUUCAUCUUACUUUUGACAAAGUGCUUACCUCUUUGGACUGCUGGCAGGCGACAGUUUCAACAACCGAUUCUAAAACGUUUACUUUGACAAACCUUGAAUGGGAUUCUGACUAUGAAGAUGGGGCUCAUGUAGAAUUACAUUUCCAACCUCAUUUUUCUAGCAGAGCUUAUCUUAUUGCAGCAGAUAUUGAUGAUCAGGAUAUUUGCGGUGGUGCUCCUGUAACCACAACAACACUGAAACCAGAUACAACCACAACGUCUCAAACACAAACUACUACCACAUCAAGUUCUGGACAGAAUGACUGUGAUGGUAUUGCAACAAUUGUUGUAGAGGGCGAGCAACAAACUGAGGUUGCAGUUACCCUCACCCCAACACAAAGCAUUGAAGCCUGGGUAGUAAAAAUUGUUUUUGACUCUGAUGUGUUGGGAGUGACAUCUACCCUAGCAGACAUAACAGGCAGUGGAAAGGUUUGGUCUCUAGCUUGCAAAAGCUUUGAUUGCAAUCUAGAAUCAGGUGCUUCCCUUGAUGUUUAUUUUUAUGUAUACCAUGGAGAAAAUGGAAUUCCAGGAUUUGAAAACAUUAGUUUCAAUGGUGUUAGCAUGUGUGGAACAACAACUCCUACUUCUACACCAGGAGGGGAUUGUGAAGAUGUGUUAGUUGUUGAUGAUAAUGGUGCAGAUUCAGACAUAACAUUGUUCAUUACACCAGCAACUUCUGUUACUUCAUGGACUGUCAUCAUAGAAUUUUCAAGUUCUGUUCAAGGAGUCUCCAGCCCACUUGCAACAGUAACUGGAAGUGGAGCUGUUUGGACUCUGACAAAUAAAUCAUUCGACGGAGGAAUUGAUGCUGGAGCUGAAUUUGAAUUAAUUUUUAAUGUUGUUCAUGGAGAUGGAAAACCUGAGAUCUCAAAGAUUACGUUCAAUGAAAUGAUACUUUGUGGAGGAAAUUCAGCUCAGACUACAACACCAGGAGUUCCAACAACUACAACUGCUUCAGACAUAUACAAUCCUGAUCAUCCCCCAAAGUACCCAUAUGGAGAAAUAAUAGAGAAAUCUCUUCUUUUCUAUGAAGCCCAGAGAGCUGGACCCCUUCCUAGUGACAACAGAGUUCCAUGGAGAGGGAACGCUGCAAUGGGAGAUGAAGUUUUAGGAGGAUAUUUUGACACAGGGGACCAUGUAAAGUUUGGUUUCCCAAUGGCAGCUUUUACCACUGUGGUAGCUUGGGGAGGAAUCAACUUUCAAUCUGGAUAUGAGAAAGCAGGGCAACUAGAAUGGCUGGCAAAAAGUAUAAAAUGGUCUACUGACUAUUUUAUUGGCUGCCAUACAUCAGAUUUUGAGUUUAUUGGUCAAAUCGGUGAUGGAAAUGCAGAUCAUGCAUUUUGGGGAAGGCCUGAGGAAAUGACAAUGGCUAGACCUGCAUUCAAGAUAACUGCAUCAGCACCAGGUUCUGAGCUUGCUGGAGAAACUGCAGCUGCGCUUGCAGCUUCAUCUAUAUUUUUCAGAAAUAUAGGCGAUACUUCAUAUGCAGAUGAAUGUCUUACUCACGCCAAAAAGCUAUUUGAAUUUGCUGAUGUUUACCACGGAGAUUACACAGAUGCUAUUCCUGCUGAAGAUUUUUAUAAUGAUUGGGGAGGCUACCUUGACGAACUUGCAUGGUCUGCAGCCUGGAUAGCUCUGGCUACUGGAGCUCCUGAAGAUAUUGCAAAGGCCAAGAGUAUGUAUGAAGAAACAGACAUGGCUUCAGCUAAUCCAGGUGAAGUGUCCUGGGAUGACAAAUCUGCAAUGGUUUUCUUGGCAAUGUAUGCACUUACAGGUGAAGAUCAGUAUAAAGCUAAAGUAGAGGACUUUGUUGAAAAAGUUAUCUCAUUCGAAAGAACAGGAAAGGGGUUAGUCUGGAUUGGAUCCUCAGAGUGGGGGAGUUUGAGGUAUGCAGCAAACUUUGCAAUGUAUACAACUCAAGCAGCAUACUAUGGAGUACGAUCAAAGGAUGCUUUUGACUUUGCUGAAAGUCAAAUUAAUUACAUACUUGGGGACACUGGUAGAAGCUAUGUGGUCGGAUGGGGAGUAAAUCCUCCACAAAGAGCUCAUCAUAGAGGGGCUUCUUGUCCCAAUGUGCCUGCCCCUUGUGACUGGGCAAACAAAGACGACCCAGGACCAAACCCACAGAUUCUAAAUGGUGCCCUUGUUGGAGGCCCUGAUAGAAAUGACAACUAUGUUGAUGACAGGAACAUGUUUCAGAUGACAGAGGUUGCCACUGAUUACAAUGGUGGGUUCCAAACAGCGCUGGCAGGGCUUAACAGUAUGUUCCAAUAAAAAAUGUGAAAUCCUUAAGCAAAAGCUAACAAAUAAACAAUAGAAAUAUAA